CGCCAUGUCCCUCGCGGGGGCGAUUCGCCGAGCCGCGGAGGCGGUAGCCGCCAAGGAGAAGGAGCUGUUGCGGAAAGAGUGGAGCGGACAUUACGCCGGCACGGCUGGCGACGCCGCCGAUACGUACGAGAGCCCGUACGGGGACGGACGGGACCCGGUGUGCGAGCUGCGAUGGCUGGACCUCGGCUCGAACCACAUCAACGACCCUGGCGCGGCGGCGCUCGGAGACGCGCUCGGCCCGAAGGUUCCGAUCACCCGGCUGAACCUGCGCGAUAACCAGGUUGGCGUCUUGGGGUGCCGAUCCAUCGGCUACGGCGUCGUGCGAUGCGGCGCGACGCUUCGCAGGCUUGACCUCGCGCACAGCGGCUUCGGUUGCCAGGGUGCGAUCGCGCUCGCCGGCGCGCUCGCCACCGCGCACUCGCCCUGCGCGCUGAAGGUUCUGCAGUUGGGUUUCAACUCCAUCGGCGCCGACGGGGCCAAGGCGCUGGCGGCGGCGCUGACGUCCGGCAACUUCCGGCGACUCGAGCACCUGGACCUGGCGUGUAACGUGCUCGGCCCCGACGGCGUCGCGGCGCUCGCGCCCCUUCUGGAGCCGAUCGAAUCGGGCGACGCCACGUGUUCGGCGGACGACGAAGUGUCCGACACUUUAUCCGACGGGAAGCGAGGCGCGGGUUUGUAUUCGCUGGAUCUGGCGGUGAACAACGCGGGGGGCGACGGCGAACGCGGGGGAAUCCGCGCACUGAUGAAGGCGCUCGAGUCUAACACGUCGCUGCGGAUGCUCAACCUGCGCGGUAACGACCUGACCCCGGAGCACGCGGGUGACGUCGCGGAGAUGCUCUGCGAGAACGUCACCCUCACGCAGCUCAACGUGGGGUACAACAAAAUUUACAACGAGGGCGCGUGGGAGCUCGCCGAGGCCUUAUCCGAGAACCCGUCGUUGCUGGGUCUGGACAUCCAGCGCAACGAGAUCUCCGACGACGGCGCGGAGUGGAUCCGCGGGCUGCUCGCCUCAAACUGCACCAUCGAGGAGGUUGACAUGCGAUCCAACCAGCUGUCGCCCGAGGUUGUCGAGUCGUUUGGGAAAUCCUUCGGCGAGCGGGUCAACGCCAGGUGGCAGCAAGAGCCUCCGAAGGUGGAGAAAAACGACGAGAACGCGGCGGCGCAGCGAACCAUGGUCGGCGAGGGCGGAGGGCGCGUCGCCGCGAAAAAAGCGGAGCGCGCGGCGCGCAAGGCUGCGCGCCAGGCGGCCAGGGGACGCUGAGACUUUUGAGACUUUCACUGCC